UGAAUUCAGUUUACACGACUGAAUUCAGGCGUACAUGGAUCGCUGACGACAAUGGACGCCGCCAAACAACAACAGCACACAACAAGCAGCAGCGCGAAGGAGUCUGCAACAGACGUGCGCCGCUCUGCUGGGAUGAUGAAGAAGGGAGGUGGAAGAGGGAGAGGAAGAGGGAGAGGGCGUGGCGAAGGCAGCGGCGGUGAGGGCGAUGGUACCGGUAGCGGGCGUGGCUCGGGAAGAGGGCCGCGAACAAGCGUGGCCACCGAUCGAAGCAGAGCUGUCAAGAAACCCACACCACAAGAGUCCCCUGCCGCUUCCGCGACUUUGACACCCACAGCCCGAUCAAAGCGGGCAUCCGCAACCACCGCAGCGCGGAAGAAGACACCAACAACCACCGUCCCUGAGGCGGAACAGCGAGGAACCUCGCCAAAGCAACGGAGCCAGGGGCGAGACCGGAGUGCUCGCUCCAGCGCAACAGCCCAUGGCGCCAACACGGCAAUUGAACCAGCCACGAACGAAGUUCGGCCAGACUCUGUCGACGCCCCGCCCGCCACCCGAGGCGAGCCCGAUCCUCGCAGUGGGAGUGGCAGCGGCACUGCUCGGUCCAGGGACACCAAAGGUGCAAACGGCAGUGCCAUUGAGCCGCCAACCAAGCUGCCACCAAUCGCGCCUUCACCCCCAGCUUCGGAAGACAACAAGGUGCAGGUCACGCCGACCGGCAGUGGGCGAGGCCGCCGCCGCACGUCGGGGCACGCACUGGCUCGUGCAGGCAGCGGACAAAAGAAUCAGCAGCACCACCAGCAGCAGCACCAACAGCAAAAGCACCAGCAGCAAAAGCAGCAGACCGCCAGACCAGGGGAACAGGACGCAGACGACGAAGAAAGGGUGCGUUUGCCGCCCAUCCAUCCACAGCAGCAACAGCAGCAGCAGAAUGAAACGCAGGAGGCAAUGGCAAGUGCUCCUGCUGUGGCUCAAGACCAAGAUGUGCCGGGAGCCACGCAUGCGCAAGCACCGCAAUCGUCACAGCAACCUCAACACGCAAACGAAGAGGAGGGCCAGGAAGAGGAGGAGGGAGACCAAGAUCAAGAACAAAAACAACCACCAGAACCACAAGAACAACAAGAACAACAAGAACAACAAGAACCACAAGAACAACAAGAACUACAAGGGCAACAAAAAGAAGAAGAGCAGCAGCAACCAGAAGCAGAGCAAGAAGCAGUGCCAACUGCCCCAGCUACUCGCACUGCUAACGGGUUUGUGAAUGGUCGUGCCGGCAAUGGAGCAACAGCACCACAUUCGCCGCGCACACGCCAGCAGACGGUGCCCGGUGUUGGCAAGCAGUCGCGCACACGACCGCGUCGCAGUGCUGGCAAUGGCCGCAGCAACCCAGCGCCAGCGGAAGCGCCUGCACAGUUGAAGGCACAGGCAUCGUCACGCGACCACAACACUCAGCCACAGAGCCAACAGAGCCAACAGAAGCAGAAUGGCAGGCAGGGCGACCAUCCAUUGCGCCAACAACAACAAGCACAAGCACAUGUACAACAGCAACGGCCUGCGCAGGAGCGACAAGGGCGGCGGGAGCAGCGUGCAGCGCCCCUGCCGCAGGUGGACAAGGUGGCGACAGAGGCACCGACACCCGCAACUGGCACAUCUGGGGUGUCAUCCCCAAGCCCGGAAGGCCCCACGCCAACACACAGCGCACCGACCACUGGCAGCAUGUUCAAGGACAUUUGCCGCACGCUGCAGCAGCUGUAUGAGGAGGCGAAGGACAUCAAGGACGGCAUGCAGGCAGACUACAUCCCAGAACUGGCAGCCGUCAACCCGGAGCUGUUUGCCAUUGCGGCGGUGUCGUGUGACGGCGAGACGUGGGUACACGGUGAUGCACACAUCCCGUUUACGCUGCAGUCAACGUGCAAGCCGCUGCUGUACUGCCUCGCCCAGUCGCUGGUCGGGUGGGAGGAAGUGCACGACCAUAUUGGGUACGAGCCAAGCGGACAGCGCUUCAACGCGUUUGCGCUGGACGAAGACAAGAAUCCGCACAACCCGAUGCUCAACGCCGGUGCAAUCAUGUCCUCCGCCAUCAUCUGGACACACCUCAAGCAGAAGGUGGCUGCGUACAAGGCGGUGAAGGCGUUUGUGGAGGAGAUGGCUGGACACGUGACGCCAGUCACCUUCGACAACAGCGUGUACCUGUCCGAGCUUGCCACUGCCAGCCGCAACUUUGCGCUGACCUACUUCAUGAGCGAGACGAGCCAGCUGCUUGCCGACGCCAACAUCCAGGAGGUGCUGGAGCUGUACUUCAGCGCAUGCUCGCUGUCAUGCGACUGCCUUGGUCUCGCUGCCAUUGCCGCGACCUUUGCCAACGGCGGAGUCUCCCCGAUCACAGAGUCCGACAUCAUGUCGCCCGAGAUGGUGCAGAAUGCGCUCUCGCUCAUGUACAACUGCGGCAUGUACGACUACAGCGGGCGGUUUGCGUUUGAGGUUGGCAUUCCCGCCAAGAGCGGCGUGUCUGGCGCCCUCUUCCUCAGCGUCCCGGGCAAGCUUGGCAUCGCCAUCUGGAGCCCGCGUCUCGACCGCAAGGGCAACUCUGUACGAGGGCUGCACGUGGCGCAGCGGCUGGUGGAGGAACAUCGCAACCUGCACGUCUUUGGCAACGUCCUGCGUCGCCCGCAGAGGACGAAGACGCGGGUUGCGCGGGCGACGGAGGAGAGCCUGUCGCUGCUGCUCAUCCAGUCUGCCGCGCACGGGAAGUUGGAUGUGGUGAAACGCAUCAUCGAGUUUCGCGGCGUGGGCGUGGACGAGACAGACGUGGACGGACGCACCGCCCUCCACGAGGCCAUCGUGCGCGGGCAUGAGAAGGUUGCCACGUAUCUCAUCUCCAAGGGCGCGAGCUGCGUCAUCAAGGACAAGCUCGGCAACACGCCAUGCUCCGACGCCGCCCACCACAACCUCACGCAUGUGCUGCCGCGGGAUGUGUUGCUGCAGCACGUGCACCAGCCGUCGUCGUCGCCGACGUCCAGUGCUGAUGAAGACGAUGUGCCGUUCUUCCAACGCAAGGACAGGAGCCCUGCGUCCUGCACGCACUCCCAGCAGCCAUAAACACACACACACACACACACACACACACACACACACACACACA